GUCCCGGGCCGGGGGGCGGGCUCGGCGCACCUGCGCCCCGCGUCGUGCGCGUGCUGGCCCGCGCUUACCUGGGCGCGCGUCUCUGUGCUUACAACAUUUUAACCUUUAAGAAAUCCCUUGGCCUCAUAUUUGAUGUUAAGGUGCAUCCUGACGUCACCUUGCCCGGCCUGCGAACCCGGGUGUGUGCAGAGCCCGGAAGUUUGUGCUGCUUUCCGCCCCGUCCCAGACACGUGUUAAUCUGCCAACCCGAUCGCUUCACGGGCUCCUUUAUUCUUGAAGGCAUGGGUUGGAUCUCAGAAAAAGUUACCCUUCGUUGGAAACGAAUAGAUUUAAAUAUUGAGUUAAUUUUAAAUUACUAAGGUAAAGGCACUUUUUCAUUCUUAAAUAUUGUUUCCAAAGUAGAUGUUUAUUUUAAUGGAUGUCGCAAUAAUCAGACUGUCUUUCCUCUGCGAGAUUGUUUGGGGACGCGUGUAUCCUCCACCCCGACUGAUGUGCUCAGCAAGUCGUGUUACUACUAUUUUUAGAGAAUUGAAAUUUCAGUUUAGAUGGGUUUAAAAAGUCCUCUAGGAGUCAGAGCACCCACAGUUAAACCUGUCAUUUCGGCAGUGCCGUCCGUGCGUCCCUCCCUGAGCGCCCCCAGGCUGCCCGCUCUCCGCGUCGGGGUCUGGACGGCAGCGAGAGGCCGCGUGGAUGGGCGCAGUCAGCGUCCUCCGGCCCGGCCCGCCUGGCACCUGUGGGCCAACCCCGGCGGGAGGGAGGGAGGCCCGAGGCGGCGUCACAGCCAAGGCCGUUCAGCCCGUGCUGGUCAGGCUGCGCUUGGAGAGGCGAGCAGCAGUGGGGUCUCCUUCCCAUGCCGGCAGGUGCGCGUCUGCCCCGGAGCCCGGCGGGGGGGAUGCUUCCGGCCCUUGGAGACCCUGGAGAGACGCCCCUGGCCAGCUCUUCCAGUGGAGCCUUCCGCCCCUCUCAGUUCCCGCCUCGCGCCCGAGGGGCCGGGCCGCUUGGCUCUGAUUCUGUCCCAGCGUGGAAUUGGUUUUCUAAGACGGCUUCUCGGUGAAGUGUUAUCUGGACGUGGUGUCCUGCAGUCACAUGCAUUUGGACAGGGUUUUGGGUUCUGAUUCCGGCUCUUCCACUGGGUGGGUGACUUCUUUGGUUUCUUUUUUGGAAAAUGGAAAUGCCGUUUUUUGAUGUACGGGUCAGAUGGGAUGGCCCCUGCGCCUGGCUCUCAGCGGGUGCUCAUUAAAUGCUAAUCCCCAGCACACCUUCCAUUUCUGUUAGCGCCAUCUAAGUAACAUUUCUCUUAAUUUGUUUGCUUUUUUUCGGACUAAAAGCAGUACAUGCUCAUAUUCAUCCCACUCAGACCUAUUUGUCCCACUCAGGAGAUAACCAUCGUCAAGAUUUUCUUAGGUUUUCUUUCUUAGUUUGUGUGAUUGCGCAUGCGUACAACAGAAACAUCGGCUUGAGAUCCUCCACUUAGCAGUGUGUGUGUGCCGGGUAAAGCCUGGCCUGAGUCACACUGGCCUUUAAUCCCAUCUGUGUGACUUGGACAGAUGACUUCAUCUCCUCAGGUCUCAGUUUCUUCGUCUGCAGAGUGGAGUGACAAUACCUUCUCCGCAGGGCUGCUGUGGGAAUUCAGUGAGGACUUGCACACGAAGCCUUAGGAUGGUGCCUGACAAUCUGCUUCAUCUUGAUUCUGCAGCAUUGCAAACUGUGGUAUCCUGGGGUUCUCUUAACAUUGCGGAAGAUUUAAGAUCAGCUGAUGUUCACAAGGAAUCGAGUCACGUGAUGUAUGAAGGGAAACAUAUACACUUCUCUGAGGUUGACAAUAAGCCCUUGUGCUCAUAUAGCCCCAAACUGUGCAAGCAGCGGCGACUCAACGGCUACGCUUUCUGUAUCAGACACGUUCUGGAGGACAAGACCGCCCCCUUCAAGCAAUGUGAAUAUGUGGCCAAGUACAACAGCCAGCGCUGCACCAACCCCAUCCCCAAGUCCGAGGACCGAAGGUACUGCAACAGCCACUUGCAGGUACUUGGCUUUAUCCCGAAAAAAGAGAGGAAGAAAAAGAAUGAUCCUCUAGAUGAGGUCAAGGUCAGGCACCAGAUGGAUACCAUGGCCUUCAGCCUGACCGUGCCCACGGUGGCCUUGAAGAUGCCCAAUGGACUGGAUGGAAUGUCCCUCUCUCCACCGGGGGCAAGGGUCCCUCUCCACUACCUGGAAACCGAGCUGGAAGACCCAUUUGCUUUCAACGAGGAAGACGAUGACCUAAAGAAAGGGGCAACCGUGAGAAGGAAGCUACAGAGCAAGUUGGCCCAGAACCGGCAGCGCCAGAGAGAGACAGAGAUUCUGAAAGUCCGGCAAGAGCACUUUAGUCCCCCUCCUGCACCUUCGCAGCAGCAGCCUCCGCAGCAGCUCUCCCACCUGUCACCUGUAUCCACGUGUAUAAAACCUCCAGCGCCACCGCAGGGUUUAGUCUGCAAGUCACCUCAGCCUCCAAACACCAGCCUACCACUGCAGGGAGUGGCCCCCACCACACACUCGAUAGCACAAGCGAGGCAGUCGUCUCACAGGCGGCCUCUGCCCCUCCUGCCAUCUAGCAGGGCUCCUGGCGCCGACCCACCCAGGACCGACCGGGUCCUCAUGAGAGCCGCCGCCUUCUCUCCACACUUCUCUUGUAUAAGCCGGCUGCAGAGACUGGUGAAACUGUGCGCCCAAAGCCAUCAGUUGGACGCGGACCUGUUUCCCCAUUUAGGGUUGGACUGGUCUGAAGAGAGCGGAGAGGAGCUGGAGGCCUCGGAGCAGGCCUCGCCCUACCAGGUUGCAUGGUCCAUCCGAGAAACCCUCAGAUAUGAAAGACACACGUCAGAUGACGAUGACACGGAGACUCGGAGCUCCAGGGUGACCCAACUUUGCACUUACUUUCAGCAGAAAUAUAAGCACCUCUGCCGCCUGGAGCGGGCAGAGUCUCGGCAGAAGAAGUGCCGGCACACGGUCAGGAAGGCCUUGCUGCAGGCGGCCAGCAGAGAGCCGGAAGGCACUGGGCAGCUCCUGCAGGAGCUGCGGAGGGCCGCGUGCGGCCGCGCCAGCAUAAGCCGGACCAAGUUGAGGGAGAUGGAGCCAGGCGUGUGCAGUGGAAGCGUGAAGGGUGAACCAUGCCCUCACAGAGCCCUCCCCUUCACCAGACAUUGUUUCCAGCAUAUCCUCUUGAACCGCUCUCAGCAGCUCUUCUCAAGUUGCACGGCCAAGUUUGCGGACGGACAGCAGUGCUCGGUGCCCGUGUUCGACAUUACACACCAGACACCUCUGUGUGAGGAACAUGCCAAAAAAAUGGAUAAUUUCCUGAGAGGAGACAGCUCCCGUAAAGUUCAGCACCAGCAGCAGAGGAAACCCAGGAAAAAAACCAAGCCUCCUGCACUUACCAAAAAACACAAGAAGAAGAGAAGGCGUGGACCCCGUCGACCCCAGAAGCCCAUCCCCCCCGCGGUGCCCCAGGGGAACCUCAGCAUGCCCGCCAGCGUCUCACUGCCAGUGGCGGCCGCGCAGAUCCGGAGCCCGUCCACACCGGAGCUGAGUGCUGAUGAGUUGCCGGAUGACAUUGCCAACGAGAUCACUGACAUUCCACAUGACUUGGAGUUGAACCAGGAGGACUUUUCAGACGUCCUGCCACGGCUGCCUGAUGACUUACAAGACUUUGAUUUUUUUGAAGGAAAGAAUGGGGACCUCCUCCCGACCACCGAGGAGGCCGAGGAGCUGGAACGGGCCUUGCAGGCUGUGACUUCCCUCGAGUGCCUGAGUACCAUCGGGGUGCUGACCCCGUCGGACGGCGUGCCGGUGCAGGAGCUGUCAGACCGAGGAAUAGGGGUGUUCUCCGCCGGCACCGCAGCGUCGGGCAUUCCGUCCUUGAGCCGAGAGGUGAACGCGGACCUCGGGGAGCUGCUGAACGGGCGCAUGGUCCACGAUAACUUUCCCAGCCUCGAGCUGGAGGAGAGCCUGCUGCGUUCGGCCUCCCUGUCUAACCCACCUACACCCCUGGCAGGGCAGGUCCAGGGGCAGUUCUCCGCCCCAGCCAGCGUCGGCCUUACUUCUGCCACUCUGAUCAGCCAGAGUGCCCUCGGGGAGAGAGCCUUCCCAGGACAGUUUCCUGGACUCCAUGACGGCAGCCAUGCCUCCCAGAGGCCACAUCCUGCCCAGCUGCUGAGCAAGGCAGAUGACCUGAUCACCUCACGACAGCAAUACAGCGGUGACCGUUCACACUCCUCGCCCCCUGGAAGCCAUUACGACAGCGAGCACGUGCCGUCGCCCUACAGCGACAUCACCUCCCCCCACACGGCGUCUUACUCUGCUGAUAACAUGGCAGCUACCUUUCCAGCAGAGAUGCCCAUCAUGGCGCAGCACCUGCUCCCAGCCCCACUCGAGGUGCCACUCGGAGGAGUCGCAAACCCCAGAACUCACUGGGGCAAUCUCCCGGUCAACCUUGGAGACUCCUCUCCGUUCAGCAACCUUCUGGGCGCAGACGGCCACCUUCUCUCCACAUCCCUGUCCACGCCGCCCACCACGUCGAGCUCAGAGGCCACCCAGCCUGCCUUCGCCACCGCGACCCCCAGCAGCUCCAGCGUGCUCCCGGGGCUGCCGCAGACCAGCUUCAGUGGCCUGGGGCCGUCCGCGGAGCUCGUGGCCUCCAGCUCCCCCAAGCAGCAGCUCCCCCAGUUCAGCGCAGCCUUCGGCCACCAGCUGAGUUCUCACAGUGGCAUUCCCAAGGACCUGCAGCCCAGCCACAGCUCCAUCGCCCCGCCCACAGGCUUCACAGUCACAGGUGCCACAGCGACGAGUACCAACAACGCGGCCUCGCCCUUUCCGUCCCCUAACUGAGCGCGCCUGCGUGUCCGCGGCCGGGGAGCCUGGCGUUUUCUAUGUGUUUCCUCCUUAUCCCCCGCCCCCUUUUCCUAAAGAUGAUUUUAAAAAUCACAGACGGGGACUCGAGGGGACCCCUUCCAGCUCGCCCCGUGGCCUGCGGCGGACCUCGCUUCAGUGUUCGCAGCGCUCCGCGCCGGUGCUCGCCUCCCGCAGGCCCCGCCCCGGGCCCCCGCGGCUCGCACAGUGACUGCGCGGAACCGCCGUCAGCAGCGAGUGCCACAAGCGGAAGAUACCUCAGAUUACCAGUGCCCUUUACUAUUUCCUAGCAUCCAGAUCACUGCUUUCCGUUCUGUCCCCGGGUCUUCACAGGGGCGGUCCUGGAUAGAGUGAUCCCAUUCCGAGCCCCGCGUAAGAGACCGCGGCCGGCGCCGGGGGCGGCCAGGCUGCCCGCACGCGCUGACACCACGGGAGGCCAGGAUCCAUUCCCAGCUGUGGUCAUGUUUAGUCAAAGAGAAAAAGAUUAGUCUUCUGGCUGCCUGUGCGCGCGCCCACACGUGUGUGUUUGCAGGGUCGGAAGCAGCUGUCCCAUUGUUAUUUUUUUCUAAUGGGUGUAAGGCUCUUACUUCUCCUUUCCCACAUCUCACAACCCUAAUGAAGUUGGUCAUUCUCUCCACUGAGUUAACGGGUUUCCUGAAUGGAGAGGGUGGUGGUCUCUUUGUGCGAAUAGCAAACCUGUUCUGCUGAGUUGGCCCAGAGCACGAGAAGCUGAGCACGGCGGUGCCUGGGGUGCGGUGAGGAGCUUGUCUGAAGCGGCUGCAGGGUUGCUGAGGUUGGGGGUCUGGUGGUCGUGUUGCCUUUUAGACAUGCGUUUGUUUCUAAAUCCCUCUCAUGGAAUACAUUCACAGGAUGUAACUAGAGAAGAUAUUUUGAUGUGAAGUGCAGGAUAGAUCAGAUAGAUUUGGAAAGACGGGAUCUAUGAACUCCUUGAUCCAUCUUUUGCUUUUGAAUUUUUCAUGUUUACAGUAGUGAUUCUUUGGUAAGAUUUGUAAAAUGUUGAAGACGCUUGUAGGAUCAGUGUACCAGUUGUGAAGUGAUGUGUGAUAUCUGAAGGAUGCACAUUUUAAAGUUUCUUUCAAAGCAGAAUAUGGAAAGUAGAUAUAAAUUUUACCCACCCUUUGGUACUUUUAAAAUAAUUUAAGUACUUAGGUUUAAGUUUUGGGAAAUUUUUAUGAAGUACCAGGAUUUUAGGGUUUAAAAAUCAUCUUGGGUAGUUUAGUAAGUUGGUGACUAUGAAAUGAUAUGUGAGGUUUCUUUUACCUGCCUUCCCCCACAGCCUCCCCCAGAAGGGUAGGACGAGAUUUGAAAGGCAUCUGUCCUCUGCUUUUGCUGGGAAGUUUCGCUGUCCCCGACAUACCAUUGGCUAUUUAUACCUGAGUCGUCUAAGUUACAUAUAUAUAUUUUAAAAGAUGAGUAGAGAGAACAUAUCUAUUAAUGAUGUGAUAUAAUAAUUCAUUUGUCAGGGAAUAUUUGAUCUUAAUUCCUCUUCAGUAGGUAAAGAUUUGGAUGUAUUUUCCUACUUUUGCUGUAUGUGCUCUCUUUAUGCCGUGCUAACUCUAACCAGCCCCUUCUUUUGAAAGCUUUUCUUUCUCUGCUUUUUAAAGGAAUGAUGGUGAUCAGCAGGCAUUAUGCAGAUUCCACGUGCCUGAUUAUGGAGGGGAAAUGUCACGUGACUGUAUGAAAUCAUUAUAUGCCCUAUUUUGUAUUUAUUGAAGUUUCUUUUUCUGGGCCAAAAAUAUGUUUGUAAUAUAUUUAGUUGUUUUUUUAAUCAUGAUAAUUGAUUGGAAGAUUUAUUUUUAAUAGCUUCGCCUCUUUUGCAGAUUGAGAAAUUUCUAAAUUAUAAAUUAUGUCACAAAGCAAAAUUAUAUUUGGUAUCAUCAUAAAUUUCUAUUCUGAAUGGUGAGAACAGGUAAUUUGAAUAUUUCUCACCUGUGAACCUAUGUUAGUAAGCUUUUUUAUUUUAAUGUACUGUAAUGAAAUGAUUAUGAGUAGUUACCUCUGCUCAAAAGUGUCAUUUAGUUUGCUAAACUCUUUUCACAUCGCAUUAUAAUCAUCACUAGAUAACAGCGAUUCGAUUUAGUCUCCAUUGUGCACUAAUUGAAGGUGGUAGCAGAGCAGUUCAUUGGCUUUCUCGUCUGCCCUUUUUUGACAGCAAAGGGAAAGUCAUGGGUAGUCGAUUGGAACUUUUCUGGCUAUUUGUCCCUCUUGGUAGCUGCUUAAAAUUCUUCAGUUAUCAAAACUGAGUCUGCAGUAAGUUGCACAUUUCAUUGUUUGCAAUUUUCUGUUUUAUGUGCAUUGAAAAGCCCUUUUCUGCUUUCUAGUAAGGAGGCAUGAAAUGAUCAGGAAUGUUGCCAGUUACAGCUUCACACCAAAAACUUUGAGUAAAUUCCUUUCUGUUUAGACGCCCACGAGGACAGCUGGAGAAAGGGCGCCUUAGACAGCACCAGCGUAGGUUUGAGGGUUAGCAGAAGACUCAUUUGCCCUCUCAUUUCAUCCCCUGCAAAACGGAUGUCCGAGCUUACAGUUUGCUUGGCUCUUGCUGUUCCUUGUGAGUCCCCUUUUGGAAGAGAAAAGAACAUCUGUGAACCCAGAAAUAGCUGUUAUGUUUUUCUUUUAGCUAAUGGAGCAAUUCUAGUCUAUUACUGGUAGGUUUGCUAUUAAUAUGUAAAGAAAGAAAUGAAAUGUCUUUUAUUCCAGAAAUAUGAAAAUUAGCAUCUUUUAAAAUAGCACUUAUGAUAUAAUAAGGCAAUAGCAGAAUCAAAAAUGAAUUUUAUAUAAGGUCCUAAUUAGGUGAAAACCAGCUUUUAUUCUAGUAUUUAACUCAUGAGAAAUCAUGGCAAAGAAGGUUCACUGUUUCUGCAGCUCUCUGGGACCAUUUAUAAAGGCCAGUCGGAUUAUGUUAAUGUGGUUUAAUUUACAGGGUCUUGCGAUUAACGGAUACAUUCUGUGCUCCGAGGAUCUGAAUUCUGUCCUAACGUGUGAUGUUCACUAGUGUGAUCUGUAGCGUCCCAAGGAAAGAUGUGUUUUCUCUCCUUUUCUCUCUCUACACAAUUAUUAAUAUCAUUUUAAUUAAAUUACUUAAGACGUUGUUUUUUCCUCUGUAAAAAUGGCUUAGCAAUUUGCACAUCUGGGUCGGUUAUGUAGCUAGUAAACAAUUCACGAUAAUAAAUAGCAAUUACACUUAACCCACCAAGUGGCAGACUAUGCAAUGGGAAAAUUCUCUGGUUAUCUUCCCGUAGCUUUUAGGGCAAAGGAUUACCUUCUCUAGGAACCCGCUAUGUGAGCUAGAAUUGCUUUCUCAGUGACUUCCUGAGCAGUUUCAUGCUGGCAGGCAGUGUGCUGUGUCUAGUGGCACUCCAUGAAGAGAGUUUUAAUUUAAUGAGAAGCAAAUAGUAGAUAGGGAGAUAUGGUUGGAAAAUGGAAUUUUUUUCUUUUCCUUAAAAUUAUCGUUAAUGUCUUCAGUGGCUUAAGGCUAAAGAAAGCUAAUACUUUAUCUUUGCCAAAUAAUUAUUUAUAAGAUCUAUUUCUUAAAUAAGCCCAAUCUCUCAACUGCAAGUUAAGAAUCAUUUUCUGUGGCUAACACUAAAGCUUUCCUUAUCAGAGCUCAUUCUCAGUCUGUGAUCACAAUCCACAGAAGCAAAGACAGUUGUUUGAUUUGGAAGGAAAUGAUGUCCGUGGUACACACGGGUGCACUCUCUCUAUAGUAUUCUUCUUAUGUGAAAGAAUUUGUAUUUCUGUUGACCUGUACCAUUCACUUUUACCAGCUGGCGCUAGAAUCUGAGCAUAUGUGUGUCCCUCCCAUACUGUCAGUUCCUUGGUCCCUGCCUGCAGUCCUUCUGUGCCCCCGCAUCACAGGGGUGGUGAGGGUUGGUGGCUGCAUCAGCAAGGUUUGUGUGGGGCAGCUGCCUUUUCUCCAAGUAGGUUCGAAAGGUUGUUGUGAAUUGGCGUUGCAAAAAGAUUCAGAUAUUAAUAACACUAAACUAAUUCUUUAGUAGGUUUGAAAUUCAUUUAAAAUGUUUUAGGCAUCUAGUUUCUUCAUCCUUCUUGUUUUUAGCCUUCUUUUAAAUUCUAUUUUUAAUCUGGUAUAUAUAGAAGAAUAUGAUGGUCUUCUAAAUAGUCAACAGAACUCUGCAGUUUAUUGAGGCAAUUUAAAGGAUUCUUUGAAAGAAAAAUAGUCAUACUGAAUAAUCUUCAUUUGUGUCUCUUUCAUCACCAACACCUACAUUGUUCCAAGGACUUUUUCCCAGCAAAUAUAUUUACUAGGGGUGGAGGUAAGGGGUGGGAAUAUAUAUAUGACAGAACAUAGAUUUUUUUCCUUUCUCUCAAUACACUGAAAAUCAUUAAAUCUUCACUGGCAUUCUAUAGAAUGGUAAAACAAUUUAAUGACUUCUUAAUAUCUUGGACUUUAUAAGCUUUCCAAUAUCAUAUUCUGGAGAGAACAAAAUCCAUGUUUAGUGGAUUAAAGUAACAUUGUAAAUGCUGUCUUUCAAAAGAUUUGUAAUAAAAUACAGUGAAGAACAUAUUUGGAUAUCUGUUAAGCGUAUUCCCUUGACCAGUGAGUUAGGAAAGAAAACAUAAACCCUAAAUGAAUUAUUAUGUCUCCUAAUGACCGGUGUCAUUAAUUUGAAAAUUGUGCGUCAGACUUAGCCUAAUUUCUCAAUAGCAAAGACUCUGCCCGCUCCAGCUGUCCUCUGUCAGCACUGUGACACAGAACAGAUGGAAGGAGAUGUGGCCCUUCAGAGAGCAAAGGUGGUGGGACUGUCUUUGCCCUGGGUUCCCGAAGCUUGGGCUUGUGUGGGCUGCUUGGAGUGGCAGAGGUUUUGGUGACAUCAGGUUUGGUCUGAGAAGCAAUCUUGUAGGAGGAAACCUGUUCGACUCUUAGCAGGCUGUGUGGGGCAGCACAGCCUCCCCCUCUGUCCCUCAGCCCACCCCAGUACCGAAGUGUGUGCACGCGCACGCACAACCAGUACUGGUCCUGGCCUAAGAGUAAUAGAAUCCUCUCCUUUCACUUGUUUCUUUGUUUCUGUUUCUUUUUUUGAGCUGGGGACCACUGAAGUGAGCUCUAUCUGUACACACCCAAAGUUCCCCUUGGAAAAACUUUCAGCAUGCAGUGCGGAGCCCCGUGCUGCUAAAGGCCACACCAGUGCUCUGACUUGGGGGAUAGUCUCAUUUGCCCUGACGUGACUCCACCCUCCACCCGUUCAGGGAUGGUUGGCUCCAGCGGACGAGUGUGGCAGUGAUGAGGGGUUGGUGCUUGUGACGUGUCUGCGUCUGCGCGGAAGGGUCGGAGCCGUUCCUCCCGACAGUACCAGUUCUUUCCACUGUAUAGUGUUGAGUAUGUCUCAGGGAUUCCUUGUGGAAAUUAGGGCAGUUUUUAAAAUAAGAAGAUAGUUUUAAAAGAAACUAAAGGUGACUCAUUGAAGAGAGCGCAAGAAAGAGAAAACACUUGGUUUCGUCGCCCGCGGUGUCUUGCAUAGGACUCUUCCUUUCUCCUUCAGGCUCUCAUCUCAGCUUCAGCGUACAGAACCCGUCCCGUCACGCACAGCUUUAAAACUUUUAUUUAAAAAUCUCCUUCCCCAGUGAGCUUUCAGAAUACUUAUUGUAGAUUUUAAGAGAAAAGGUAUAUUAAUUUAUGCUAUUAACAUCACCUCAUAAAUUAUAAGUUUUAUACUAAAGCUGUAUUGAGUGUAAUGAAUUAUGUUGCCUAUGUGUUUAAUAGCUAAAAAAUUAUAUAUGAGCUUUUUUUUUUUUUUUUGGCAAAACAAACUAGCGGAGCACCUUCUUACACUGGACCGGCCGUGUCGAGGUGUACAACUGUCCUUUGCUACCUUGCAGGUGCAUGAAAUAAAGAGGACAUCCUGGGCCUGGAAACGUAGGACACCUUUAGACCAUUUAUUGCUUCUCGUAGGACUGUUGAGAAUCAGUUUCUUUAGUCAGUGAUCUGUGGUUUCCACUUAGGACGGCGAGAAGCCUAGUUACAGGGUAAAUAGAAAUGCAUAGAUCAAGUGAGCUCCCGACUACUGCAGCUGGAAUUGGUAAACUGAGUCUGUAAGACCUCUUUUGUUUCCUAUGAAUUUAUCCUUUAAUUUACAGUUUAUCCUGUAGGUUGGGAAGUAAAAUAGAGAAAAUAAUAAAUCUAGAUGUUCUCAGUGUCUUAUUCAGGAACUUAAUCCCUCCUCACUAAGGAAUUCCCACUGUGACUUACAAAUAGAAUUAAAUUGCUGGUGUGCAUGUAUAUGUCUGUCUUGUUACACACAUGCAAAAAUAGACAUUGGGGCACGUGUGUGAGAGAUGAAUGUGUGCUUAGGUAAAGAGAGAGAGGUAACAGAAUGUGUUGUAGAAAUACAAGUUAUUUAGUUGAGGGUAUUGGAGUUAUUUUCUCAUUGUCUCUGUUGUAUAAAUACACCAAAUUUUUCAUUAUGUUAUCAUAUGUUAAAAGGCUAGUUCUGAUAUCAUGUGAUUUUCUUUUAACCUUGUGGUUAACUUAUAUUAUGCUGUGUUUUUAAAGUGGCAUGAAAAACAGCAGGUUCUAAGACCAGCCUCUCGCCUUUGAGCAUAAAAAUGAGGGAGAGACAGACUCAGACGUGAGCUGUGUUUAUCUGUUGGGGUGAUGGGACCAGAGAUCAUUUGAACCUUUUUUUAAUGUUAAUAAUAGAUUUUUUCAUUUUCUGAGUUAGAAAAUAUUGUUGAUCAUCUUUUCUUGGUGAAGUUAAGAAAAGGAUAGACCUUUUAUAAAGAACGCCAUUUUUGGACAAAGAGUCGGUGGGAUCAUUUCACCAUGCGUAUUUCAAAGCUGGGAUGAUUUCAGUUAUUUCCAAUAAUUUUUUAAAAAUUACUCAGUUGUGCUAUUAUUUAUGAAGUUAGCAUGGCCCCUUACCCCCCCCCACCAUGUUUUGGUUAUAGGAAAAAUUAUGCUGCCCUUGGCUUUUACCUGAUUCGUAUGGAAUUUUUAAGAAAACAUUCCUAUACUUUGAAUUUUGUCAUUUUGCUAUACAUUCGUUACUGAAGUAUCUGGUGGUCUGAAAUAGCCAAAGCUAGAGUUGUUAUUAAAUGCUCCAGUCACAUUUAUUUUUAACAUAAAAAAAUCAUGUACUUUGAAACACGUCAAAACAACUUCUGAUAACACACCUGAAUUUGUAGCUAUCUCUGCAGCCUCGUUUAUCCUAGAUACAGUCAGGACCUAGGAAAGCUUCUGAUAGCACACCUGAAUUUGUAGCUAUCUCUGCAGCCUCGUUCAUCCUAGAUACAGUCAGGACCUAGGAAAGCUUCAUAUGUUGUUGUUCUUUUACAGUUGUAUUUUUGCAGCAUCUCCCAGUUUCAUUCAUUCUUGCUUUACGGAUUAUAAAAAAAUCUACAUAUUUCUUGUACAUAUGCAUGCAAAUGAAAGAAGGGAGCUUGUAUUGGUGCCAUUUCUCCCUUCGGUUACUGGUUAAUGGGAUUUGCUAGAAUAAAUUCCCCCUGAUUGAAGGGCGAAAGUAGACCUUUUUGUGUAUAUCUGUACAGAGAUGUGUAUAUGGAAUGUGGUGGCACUUUGCUGAAUGUGAACUUGCCUUGUCAAUGGAAAGAUUGAGAAGUAUUAUGUUUAUUUAUACAUUUGUAUAAAUCUAUAUAUACACGUAUGUAUAUGUGUGUGUAUAGAUAAAGCUAUAUACAUAUAUUUCCAUAAAAAAUGUGUGUGUGUACAAUAGAUAAGCAGCCUUUAUUAAGCAAGAUUAUACAUCUAUGGAAAAUUCUGGAUUAUUCUGUAAGCAAGAGGAGGUGACAGUCUGGAGUACAUCAGGGCAUACUGAGAUGGAAGUCCUUUGGUUGUAGGUUUAUUAUGGAAGUGAAUUCCUGUUGGAACUCUUCUUGCCAAGCCCUCUGUUCUUGACCUUCACCACCUUCUAAGUCAACCUCUCAUCAUCUGAAUAUCACACUUCACUGUGUUUUCCCUGUUUUACAUCCUUUCUAGCCAGAAGCAUUUGGCUUAAGCAUAUUUCAUUAACUUCUCAGUUUCUUUUAAAGAUCUUUAUCUCGGAAAUUUCCCAGAAGAUGUAAGUUUUGGUACUAUUUUCUGUAGUAAUUUUGAGAAUUGGGCAUUCAGCUCUGUCUCAAAAAUAAACAACCAACAUUCAAACAAAAUCACUUUGAAAGUUUUACCUAGGUGAUUUUGGGAUAUUUUACUUAAAGUAAACAAGAACAUAAUUAUGACUUUACGAUUGAUAUUAGUGUUAAUUAACUUUAUUUUCUCAUCUAUUGUCAUUCAUUUGCCAUUUAAUAAUUUGGUUUACUUUGUAGUUUAAUCAUGGAUUUACCAUUUUCAUUUAAAUGCAAGCAUACGAAGUCAUGUGGAAGCCUCUUGAAUUCUAUAGCUCAUUUUACUCAUGAUGGAACUGCUGUAAUCAAUUCUUGUGUCAUGAAUUCUGCUAUAUCUUUUGCCUUUUCUCACAUUUGUGACGUUGUUCUAACUUUGCUGCAGCUCUCUAGAAGACUCGCAUCCCUAUAUAUUGUGCCUUUAAAGCUCUUAUGCACACACAGACUGAAGUGUCUACAUACAUGUGGGAGCAUGUGUGCACACACUCUGGAAUAUACUCACACAGUAUGUCUCUGGUAUAUAUUGUGAGAGUGAAUAUAUAGAUACUCAAGGCAAUGAAUCGUUGCUCUCUAAAUAUAUAUGUAUAUAAAUAGUGUUGAUAUACUGUAUAUACACAUGUAUAUGUAUGAGUUUUAAAUGGCAAUCUUUUACAUUUAGCAAAAUGCUGCCCCUACUGGAAUAUUGUCACUGCAAUGGCAGUCGUAUGUAAUGAUUUAAAAUACAUUAUCAAAAAUUAUUUAAAGAACAUUGAAAAGUCUCAUCUAAAGACAUCCACACGUUAUUUAUUUAUCUUCCUUUUCCUUUUACUGUUAUGUUUUCUUAACUAAAAGGGAGACUGUCAUUUUAAAAACGCCAUCUGUCCCGUGAGAGUAGGAGAGAGCUGGAGGCUCACAUGUGGGACCCUGUGCAUUUUCCUCUCUGAAAUGAAGCUGUUCCUCCACCUGGCCUGUUUAUUUCAGUUACGGAGCAAUCCUAACAUUUCCCUUAGUGCAUGUCACCCUCCUUCUCCUGGAUCGACUUCAUUCGUCAGUUUGCCUCUUCCUCUCGCUAAUAAACAAUGAUCAUGGAUGUCAUUUUGCCUGGAGGAAGUUAACUGCUCUCUAGCUGCAGGGAAAUAAAUUGCCUCGUUGUUCCACCUUGUUCAGGAUCCAGCUUUGAGAGGGCCGCUCUCGUGAAGCUGUCCUGAGUAUGUUUUGCAUUUAUUUCUGUCCUAAGUAUGUUUCGCAUUUAUUUAGUUAAGGGUCUUCCCAGAUGUUUUUUUUUUUUUAAAAAAGAACUCCAAGUCCGCAUACACUUGACCUAGAUUUAAUUCUUAUUCUCACAGCUUCAGGUAUUUUCAUUAGUAUACCAAUUUGGUACACUGAAUGAAAGAAUAUUAAGAAAAAACUUAGGUAUCUUAUUUUGACGACUUGGCAGCAGAUUACAUUUCAAGACUUUACAGAGAGAGAAGGUAGAUGGACAAUCCUAACUUGUAAGCCCUUAGAAGAAACAGGGGAGUAAGAGUACCCCUGAGAACUGAAAUAGAGAGGUUGGGGUUGGAGCGAUUUCACACAGCAGCUUUGCGGAACCUGAUAUCAGAAGCAGCCUUUGACAGGAGCCCCUUGGCGGUUGCAUGGUACUAACUAGUGGACUGAGGCAGAGUUGAAAUCAAGUUGCAGUGGGAAAUCAGAGGCAGGUAGCUUAUCUGAAACCAGUGAGUGACAGGCAGGUCGCACAGUUUUAAAAUCUCUUGUAACAAAGUAACUGCACGGUAGCAAGGACUAGCAUUCUCAAAGCCCUCCUUUUUCAGUGCGCUCCUUCACCUUGGCACACACGUUUAACAGGCCAUACAUUAAAAAUAUCUAAAAAAAAAAACCAAACAAACAACUGCUUAAAGGGAACUUACAAACUGAGAAUCUGCUCUGCAUCUGUGUGGGUAGCGGCUGGGAGCUCAGUUAUAUGCACAAGAACCCGGAGCCACUCAUUUCUGCACAGACUAGGAGAAGGUGAGACGGGCAGGCUGCGGGCAGAGCCCCCGUCCUGACGAAAGGCACCGGGGCGUUGGGUGUGGUUGCUGGGGAGACUGCGUUUGAAGAUGGGCUUUUGGUUUGUAAUUUCCCUUUAAACAAGAAGAGAUGGCUCACGUUUUCCAUAUAUAUCUCAAUGAAUGUACUGUAUUACUGUUUUAAAAAUUUGAUGAAAUAAUAAUGGAUUGGUCUCCUUUUGUUAUCUGGUCCUUGUUUAAUUUGUUUAAGGGUUUUUGUAUACAAAAGUUUACAUUUUUAUGUAUAUUUUUCUUGUGUAAAAACUGAUGUAAUAUGUGUAUAAAACACUGUAUGUAUUAUCUGUAUAUAGUGUGACAAAAUGAUUUUUCUUUCUUUCUUUUGGAUGUAUUAAUAAUAAUAAAUCUUGCUGUGAAGUA